GACAAAAAAUGGAACACACCAGCAGUGUGAGGAGACCUGAAAGUGGCACAUGGCAUGGCAGAGUGUGGCGAUGGAGACAGCAGCAAUGGGAGGCCGUACAGGGACCCAUGAGAGACUCUGGACCUGGCAGCAGCAUGAGGAGGCGGUACAGGGGCCCAUGGCAGAUUAGGGGGCCUGGCAGCAGCAAUGGGAGGCCCGUAAUCUGCCAGCACCCUAUGACAAAAAUUGGAACACACCAGCAGUGUGUGAGGAGACCUGAAAGUGGCACAUGGCAGAGUGUGGCGAUGGAGACAGCAGCAAUGGGAGGCCGGUACAGGGACCCAUGAGAGACUCUGGACCUGGCAGCAGCAUGA